AUGAAAGAAGAUUACAAAACCAUCCUUAAAGUUCCUGACCUGGAAGAUGUUGGGCAUAUAAAUUUUAUAUUGAGCAGACCAGAAAAUUUUGAAAAAGAGCGAAAGUGUGAUAUUCGAUUUUUAAGUUCCUCGAGUGUUUAUCUUGAAGAAUGGGAAUUCGCUGUGCGUACGAAUCCUACAAAAGCGAUUGGAGACCCAAAAGUGCUAUUUUUACAAGUUGCCGAAACAUAUGGACAAAUGUUGCUUGAAGACUUAGUAAACGGAUUUUAUUUGGUUUUCUUGGGCCAUCGUUUGAACUGCCAACAAAUUAUCCCAAAUUCACAAAUUAAGGACGACCAUAAAAAUCUUUAA